AUGGCCACGGCGGGAGGUGGUGCCAAUGGGAGCAGCAGCGCUGCUGCGGGUGCGGUCGGGGCAGACGAGGGGGUCGGGGAGAUUCUCCCGUUCUGGUUUGGAGAGUUCAUGCGGCCUGGAUAUGAUGGCCCGGCUCCUGCACCGUCAGACGAGGUAGCCAAGGCGCGUGUGUGGUUCAGCAAGAAUGAUGACGUGGACACUCUCAUUCGCACGCGAUUCGCUCCGCUCAUCCCGCUCGCCGCGUCAGGCCAGCUGGCGGCCUGGGAGGACACGCCACAUGGCGCUCUCGCAUUGCUUGUGCUGCUUGAUCAGUUCACGAGGAACAGCUUCAGGGGCUCGCCAGACGCUUUUGCACAGGUCAGCACCGUCCUUUCUUCUUUUUUUUUAGCAUCUUUGUAG